AUUAGAAUUAAGAGGAAAAUGAAUUUGUAUUCCUUAACUCUUCAGGAGAGUACCAUGAUCAACCACGCGGUUUAUGGAAACUUCUCUGGCCCCAGAAAACAUGAAAUACUCGUUGCCAAGGGAACCAUGCUUGAAUUAUUAAGACCAGAAGAAGAAAAUGGAAAAUUACAUACGGUCUAUAGGCAGGAUAUGUUCACCCAUAUUCGUAAAGUGAUUGCAUUCAGACUUACCGGACUCAAUAUUGAUUAUGCUGUUUUAGGAACAGACUCUGGAAAGCUAACUAUCUUAGAAUACAAAGAGGAAAAAGAAAGAUUUGAAGUGGUCCAUCAAGAAAUCUUUGGUAAAACAGGAGUUAGAAGAAUUGUUCCUGGAGAAUACCUUGCAGGAGACCCAAAAGGUAGAGCUGUUAUGGUAGGAGCCGUCGAAAAGCAGAAGUUUGUAUAUGUUCUAAACAGAGAAAAUGAUGAAGCAACAAUCUCCAGUCCUCUUGAGGCACAUAAGCCCAGAACCAUAGUUUUUGAUAUGUGCGGGCUUGAUGUAGGUUAUUCAAACCCAGUAUUUGCUUGACUUGAAAUUGAUUAUGGAGAGACUGAUUCUCCUUUCUCAGCAGUUAAUACAGGAAAACCGCAGAAAAAUCUUGUUCUCUAUGAACUAGAUCUUGGUUUGAAUCAUGUAAUUAGAAAUUAUUGAGAAGAAGUGGAUAUUUCAGCUCAUAUGCUUCUUCCAAUUCCAGCUGAACCAGAUGGUCCAGGAGGAGUCAUUGUUGUAUGCGAAAAUUUCAUGGUCUACAAGAAAGUAGAUCAUGAAGAUAGAGAAUGCCCUUUUGCUAGAAGAAAUGAAAUGGCACAAGACAGAAAACUUUUCAUGAUAAAUUAUACAUUGCAUAAGCAGAAGAAAAUGUUCUUCUUCAUUGUUCAAAGUGAUCACGGCGAUUUGUACAGAAUCUCCUUAAAUUUCUCGGAUGAUCAAGUACAUAGCAUCCAAUGCCAAUACUUCGAUACAAUAAGUCCUUGUAAUUCAAUAUGCUUGCUAAAAAGUGGAUUCAUUUUUGCAGCUGUUGAAUUUGGGGACCAUUUCAUGUAUCAAAUCACAAAUCUUGGAGAUAAUGAAGAAAAUCCUAUAAUCACUGACUCUUCCAUGGAAAAAGAUGCAUUAGUCUCCUUUAACGCGAGAGGGCUCAAAAAUAUCACUCCAGUAGACCAGAUUAAGAGUCUUGGAAGCAUCACAAAUAUGGAAUGAGUAGAUUUGGUUGACGAAGGAAACCCUCAAAUCUACAUCACAUGUGGAAGAGGUAGUCUCUCUAAUCUUAGAGUAGUUAGACAUGGAAUUCAAAUCCAACAGAUCGGGGAUUCUGAGAUGCCACUUCCUCCAACCGGCAUUUGGACCCUGAAAGAAAAAUUUGGAGAUGACGUUGAUAAAAUGAUGGUUGUCUCUUUUGAGACUUCUACAAUAGUCCUUGAAAUAGGAAGUACCAUCAAAGAGCUUAAUGAAACAGGAAUUGAAAAAGAAACUAAGACUAUUAUUGCUCAUCUCUUGAUUGAUGAUUCAAUCAUUCAGGUUUAUCCUAAAGGAAUCAUUCAUGUGAAACCUGAUGGAGGGAGAAACCAAUGGUCAGCUUCUUCAGGAGUUGUCACUUGAGCCUGUGCAAAUGAAAGACAAGUUGUAAUUGCACUUGAGGGAGGUGAGAUUAGAUACUUUGAGCUAGAUUCUGUGGGAACACUCCAAGAAGUAGGAUCUAAAAUAUUUGACACCGAAAUUACUUGCCUUGAUGUUGGACCUAUUCAAGAAGGAAGACAAAGAUCAAAGUUUCUAGCAGUUGGAUGAGAAGAUGUAAAAAUUCUAUCUCUUGAUCCGGAAAGUUGUCUCUCAAGAAUUUCAGUGCAAGCUCUUCCAGCACCUCCUUCCGAAGUAUGCUUGAUUGAGAUGAAGAACAACACUGGAGGUCUUGACAUGGAUCAAAGUCAACUCUUUUUACACAUUGGAUUAUCAAAUGGAGUGCUUCUUAGAGCUCAGGUCGAUCCUAUUAGUGACUCAAGAGCGAGAUAUUUGGGAACCCAACCCAUUAAACUUAGAAAAGUGAUAGUUCAAGGAGAGCCAGCUAUGAUAGCUAUUUCAUCAAGAUCUUGGCUUUGCUAUAAUUUCAUGUCAAAGUACCAAAUGUCUCCUAUGAGUAUUGAGGGCUUAACCUCAGUUGCUUCUUUCAGUUCUGAGCAAUGCAGAGAAGGAAUGAUUGGCAUCUUCGGAUCCUCUCUAAAAAUAUUCGCUGUUGAUAAGUUAGGAGAGAUGUUUAACCAGAUUACAAUGCCUCUCAUGUACACUGUCAGAGAUAUGAAAUAUGACCUGGAAAUGAAAAAGAUUUUCACUCUAGAAACAGAUCAUUUAACUUAUGACUCAAGUACAAGAGAAAUUAUUAAAAAUCAAAUUUAUGAGCAUACCGGUGAUGAAGAAUACAAAAACGUACCAGAAAACCAGAUUGGAUAUCCAAAAGCCCCAAAUGGUCAAUGGGCAUCUUGUAUUCGAGUUAUUAACCCAAUCGAUCUUACAACUGUGCAUUUAAUGGAAUUAGGUGCAAACGAAGCAGCAUUUUCAAUGUUCAUCACUGAUCGUCUUGGAGCUGGAGACACAACAUAUCUCAUUCUUGGGUCUGCCAAAAAUAUGAAGAUCAAACCCAAAAGUUGUGACUUGGGAUUCAUAUCAGUUUACUACUUCACUCAAGAUGGUGACCUCAGACUGAUGCAUAAAACUCAGACAGAAGAUUUGCCAAUGUGAUUUGAAAUAAUAGGAAACAGACUUAUAGCAGGAAUUGGGAACAUUCUCAGAGUAUACGAUCUUGGAAGAACUAAAUUGCUCAGAAAAUGUGAGAAUAGAAACUUCCAUUCUUCAAUUAAUAGAAUAAAAACUGAUGGAAGCAGGAUUUUUGCAUCUGAUCAAGCUGAUUCAGUUCAUGUGCUUAAAUAUAAACCAGAAGAUUGUCAACUCUACAUCUUUGCAGAUGAUGUAAUCCCAAGAUGGAUUACAGACUUUACAAUGCUGGAUUAUGAUACAGUGAUUGGGUCUGAUAAAUUUGAAAAUCUUUUUGUGCUAAGACUUCCACCUGGUUGUGAAGAAGACGCAGAAGAUGACCCAACUUCGACUAAAUUUAAAUGGGAGUCUGGAUACCUUUCAGGAGCUGCUUUCAAAUUUGAACAGAUUGCUCAAUAUCAUACAGGACAGCUAAUCACUUCUAUCAAAAAAUGUAGAUUAUCCUCUAUUGGAUCUGAAAUAAUCCUUUUUGGUACAUCGAUGGGUUCAAUCUGUGCCUUAAUUCCUUUCGAACUAAAGGAUGAUGUAGAUACUUUCCUUCAUCUUGAAAUGUAUUUAAGACAAGAAGCAUUACCAUUAAGCGGGAGAGAGCAUGUCUCGUUCAGAUCUCUUAAUGCUCCAGUAAAGAAUGUAGUUGAUGGAGACUUAUGCGAGCAAUUUGCUAUCCUUGGAUUCGCUAAGCAAAAGUCUCUUGCAGAAGAACUAGACAAACACCCUCUUGAAGUUCACAAAAAGUUAGAAGAAAUAAGAAAUAAGAUAAUUCAGUAA